AUGGGCGGCUAUGUGGCGGUGGAGUUCACCGUGCGUUUCAAACACUUGGUUAAACAGUUAGUCCUACUGAGUCCGGCUGGCCUGAUUGGCUACCAACCACGAGUCCUGCGACUGCUACGUCUACCCGUCGUUGGCUGCCUCUUCAUGCUGUUCGUACGCGGGCUGUACACCAUACUAUGCCUCUUCAUUCGCAACCGUGCCAUGGUCGGAUUCUACACUGCCGCGGACAGCGAAGAACACCUCGACCCUCUCGCACACGAUUGGAGACGCAUCAGCAAACGAAACCUUGCCAGCGCCAUGAAUUAUGCACGCGCACUUGACCUCUGGUGCAACACUAGACCCUUCUUUAAACUCUCCCGCGCUCUCUAUGGACCAACAGGCAAAAUCAACCCCGACCAUGACAAGGACUCCGCCGAACAACCCAGACUAACGAUGUCCACCACGACCUCGUCCACUCUCCCUUCCCCACGGCAAGGCUCUACAUCAACGGGGUUCCCCGGAGACAACAGAAGUUCUGACGGAAGACCCGGCACUGCACUCCAAGGUGGCCUCAUGUUCUGUUGGGGCGCUGAAGACGAGACCACACCUCACAAGGACUACGAGGAGUUCCUCAAAGACCUCUUCCCGGAUGCCGCGUGGGCCGUCUAUCCUGACGCCUACCACCUCGUGCUACAAGAAGCCGUCCCAGACAUCUUUCGAGACAUGUAUCAAUUCAUCAAAGGCAACACGAUCCGGGAACCAUACUCUAGAGACCUGCCUGUGGAACCGCAGUCUGUGGAACCGCAGCCUGUAGAGCCGCAGCCUGUGGAACCGCAGCCUGUGGGACCGCUGCCUGUGGAACUUCCGUGCAUGGUCCCCGUGACGCCCACGCCGGCCAUCGGGUCCAUCGUGGGCUCCUCACUGGCCUCGGCCACCCCCGGCCUCAGUGCGGCCCUUCCUUCUAGCGUGAUCGGGACAGUGGGGGUCGAGAACAGGGUCGAGACAGGGACGGGGGGGUCCCGAGGUUCUAGUUCGUACGGGGGUGUGCGAGUUAAGACCACUGCGACCAAACAGCCGCCUGCGACGCCGGCGACGGUGAGUACGGAGUCGGCCUAUACCGGCGAGGGGUUUAAUCCGACGACGACGCCGAACUGUUACUCGGCUGACGCUCCUUCUACGGUAAAGCUAAGGAUUCAAGAGUUUGAGCGGCACACAUGUGCACCGGCACACGUGUGUCACCGUGGCUCGGUGGCCGACAGGCGCUUUGCUUCAAGACCAGUAUUCCAUGACAGGUAUUCCCACAACCAUGGCAGGUAUCAGGGCCAUUACCCACAAAGUCACUAUCCUCAAAAUCAGCACGCUCAGGAGGGGGAACGGGAUCACUUCGUGAUGGAGUUGGGUGAGGAAGACUUCAGCAGUGCCGUGCGCAGACUGUCUGAAAAGGACAGCGUCUUCUAUCCCGACCUUCACACCCCCCGCUCUCUACCGGUCGCACCGGAAUCAUGGGGUCCCGAGCCUUCGGCUCCAGAAUCCUGGACUCAGGACUCGCGCCCACGACCUCUCCCAACCAACACUGCGCAGUUCACCCGGUCCGCCGUCGAACUGCCACCGGCCCCCCACCGUCCUGUCACCCGGAUACGCUGCAGACAGUCGUCCAGGUCCAACGACUACAACCUGGCCCACUUCAUGAUGCGAGGCAAAAUCGGCAGCAAUGGAAGCAGAGUUCAGAACAACGGAAGCAGAGUUCCGAACAACGGGUAA